AAAAUUUCCCAAAUAAUUGAUUUUCAAAGCAAUCCAAAUAGUACAACAAACAUAGCUGUCGUUUCUCCUUGCCCGAACAAGAAAUUGCCCAUGUUCUCCCACUCUCAUCCGUCGUUUAUAUUAAUUUCUCUUACUCUCUCUCUCUCUCUCUCGCUCUCUGAACUUUGAUCUCGACGAGACAACGAAUCGCACUGUUGAGUGUUCUAAGCGAUCACAUCAGCAUCUUUAACGAGAUGAUUUAUACCUAAAAUCCACAUGGAUGGAUGUGGAUGAUGAUGAGAGCUUUCUCUAGAUCCACAGGAGUCAAAAGCAUGACAGAGAUAUCGUUGUUGUUGGAGUGCAGAUUGAAGAAAAUUCUCCUGCUUUCUUUUCGGGUCAAUUAGGGGUUUUUGACUUCUCUUUAAUUGCUCCAAUUCGAAGAAUUCAGCGUGAAAAAGGUGCCGAAAGUAACGCUUUAAUCGUGUGCAAUAAGUAGUGAACUGGGAGGAAGAAGAAGAAAAGGAGGAAUUUUUAAUUUGAAGUUGAUCGCAGAAGAUCCGACCAGAGAAGUAGAAGCGGCAAAGAAAUGGCGACGAUGGUGGAGCCGCCAAAUGGGGUAAGGCCACAGGGGAAGCAUUACUACUCCAUGUGGCAGACUUUGUUCGAGAUUGACACCAAAUACGUGCCCAUCAAGCCGAUAGGUCGAGGGGCGUACGGCGUCGUUUGCUCCUCCAUCAACAGGGAGACCAACGAGAAAGUGGCUAUAAAGAAGAUCAACAACGUGUUCGAGAAUCGGAUUGAUGCGCUGCGGACGCUGAGGGAGUUGAAACUGUUGAGGAACAUCCGGCAUGAGAAUGUGAUUGCGCUCAAGGACGUGAUGAUGCCCACUGACAGGGCUGGUUUCAGAGAUGUCUACUUGGUUUAUGAGCUCAUGGAUACUGAUUUGCAUCAGAUCAUCAAGUCCUCACAGCCACUAUCCAAUGAUCAUUGCAAGUAUUUCAUAUUUCAGCUCUUACGAGGACUGAAAUAUCUUCACUCGGCAAACAUCCUUCACCGGGACUUGAAGCCAGGGAACCUUCUUGUCAAUGCCAACUGUGACCUGAAGAUAUGUGAUUUUGGACUGGCGAGGACAAGCAGAGGAAAUGAGCAGUUCAUGACCGAGUAUGUUGUUACGCGUUGGUAUCGUGCACCUGAGCUCCUCCUAUGUUGUGACAAUUAUGGGACCUCCAUUGAUGUCUGGUCUGUAGGAUGCAUCUUCGCUGAGAUUCUUGGCCGCAAACCAAUCUUCCCUGGAACAGAGUGCCUGAACCAGCUUAAGCUGAUCGUAAAUGUGCUUGGAAGCCAGCAAGAAGCUGAUCUUCAGUUCAUUGACAAUCAAAAAGCCAGGAAGUUCAUCAAAUCACUCCCGUACUCGAGGGGAACACACUUUUCCCAUCUAUACCCCCAUGCUGACCCCCUAGCCUUAGAUUUGUUGAGAAGGAUGCUUGUGUUUGAUCCAUCCAAGAGAAUCACUGUGACCGAAGCACUUACACACCCUUACAUGUCCGGACUGUAUGAUCCACGGUGCAAUCCUCCCGCUCAAGUCCCAAUCGAUCUGGACAUAGACGAGAACAUGGGAGAACAAAUGAUCCGGGAGAUGAUGUGGAACGAGAUGCUUUACUAUCAUCCAGAAGCUGCAUCUGCCAAUGUUUCAGUAAUGCUCUGAAGGGUUUUCAGGUUUUGUUGUUUCAUGCAUCAUGUCAUUGUCGUAUCCCGUUAUAUGUAGAAGAAUCAUGCACCAAGAAACAUGCUGGUAAAACUUUGGUGAUUGUGACCAAGAUUUUGUUGUCAGAUCUUGUUUGUUAGCUCUUCAAAGUUCCGUGAACUGCUUCAAUUCCUGUAAAUAGGCAUGGGAAUUUUUAGUAGUCUAUAAAUGUAUCAGUCCUGUACUAUUUAUGAUGAAUGUAGUAGUCUUCCUUUGAAGGUCAGAGGAACUGAAUAAAGGAUUCAGAUGGGUUGUAGAUUUGAUCAGUCUCUCAGAACUUUUUGGA